CAGAUUAGGGUGAGAUGGUAGUACCAGUGCGUUCCAAUAUUGGUAAACACAGUCAAGGAGUAUCAUAUCGGAAUUCAUAACGAGACAAAAACUUGACGUUAAGCUCAGUUAGAAUGAACUUGCACCAGCUAAAAAAUUGAGAUUGGUUGAUUGUUGAUUGCUUAACGUCCAUCAGUAAAAUAGCUGGAAAGACAAUUUACUUUUACUUUAAUACAAUAUUCAAAGUUUUUUUUUAUGUUUUCGUGUAUUAAUUUAUAUUAGGUGUUUCAAAGGAGGAUGAAUGGUAAAGUAAAUUUUUACAGAGAUUGGAAAGAAUAUAAAGAAGGAUUUGGAAGUCUGCAGAAUGAAUUUUGGUUAGGCAAUGACAAACUCCAUAUGCUGACGGCACAAGGGAAAUAUGAACUGAUCAUAACCAUGGAAGAUUUCUCCAAUUGGAACCGUUAUGCUAAAUAUGAUAACGUUAAAGUAGGCGAUGAGAAAUCGAAAUAUGUGUUGACCUUUGGUACUUAUAGGGGCGAUGCAGGAAAUUCUCUUUCCUAUCAUAAAGGUCAAAAAUUUUCGACAAAAGACCAGGAUAAUGAUACUCAUUCUGCAAAUUGUGCAACCAGUUUCAAAGGAGGCUGGUGGUAUGAAAGAUGUCAUGGUGCCAAUCUGAAUGGACUCUACCUGUCCGGAAAACAUUCUUCUUAUGCUAAUGGAAUAAACUGGAAGGCAUGGAAAGGCUACCAUUAUUCACUGAAAACCACAGCAAUGAUGAUAAGGAGACUAAAAUAAAAGAAAAACAUAUUUUUGUUUCGUCUGCAUGAAAUGUUGAAUAAAAAUAUUCUACCAUA